UUUUAAUUUCGGCUUUCGGGUUGAAAAAUGAUCCGUUAACUUAUUCUUCAGCUGUACAUUUUCCCGUCUUGAACUUCCGAUAUCUUUCUUGGUUUUCUUUGCCUCUGCUUUCCUGUUGUCCAAACACCAAAACAUGGGGAUUUCAUGGAGCAACAGAAGGAGAAACAACUAUCUACAAAAUCGGCCGCCUCCGCCGCCGCCACCGCCGCCACCUCAACUCCUCUCUUCUUCUUACUAUUACCCUUCGGAACCACCCUCUCUCCCUCCUCCACCUCCUCCUCCUUCAAAUCCUUCGCUUCCUCAGCCGCACAACUAUGCUUUUACUUCAAAUCCACCUUAUCCUCCACCCCCAUACCCACCCCACAACCUUUAUCCUGCGCAUCCCCCUCCAAUCUACUCUUCCUCCUACUACUGCUCUGGUCCCUACAAUUCCUGCAAUUAUGCCAACCCCAUGAUGGCUCGAUCCAAUUACCAGCCUUAUUACGCUAAUCACGGCAAUUACUGGCCUCCAAUUCGGCCUCCAGUGGCGGCACCGCUGCCCCAGCAGCCGCCGCCCUAUGUUGAACAUCAGAAUGCUAAGAAGGUCAGGAAUGAUGUGAAUGUGCAUAAGGAUACGUUGCGACUCGAGGUCGAUGAGCAGAACCCUGAUCAUUAUUUGGUUUCUUUUAUUUUCGAUGCCUUAUUUGAUGGAAGCAUCACCAUUUACUACUUUGCCAAGGAAGAGUCCAACUGUAGGUUUUCUCCACUAUUUCCUGAAGCCUAUAUGCCAGUGAGAAUCCCUUUUCAGAAAGGACCUGGCCAGAAAUUUCGUCAGCCUUCUGGAACUGGUAUUGACUUAGGCUUCUUUGAGUUGGAUGAUCUCUCGAAACCAUCACCUGGAGAAGAUGUAUUUCCUCUUGUCAUCUCUGCUGAAACAUCUCUCCCCCUUCAUCCAACUGAUGAACAUAGUGGUGAUCCUACACCACGUACAUCCCCUCACAUGCAGAUUACUCAAGCUGUCCUAGAGAAGCACAAUGGGGACCCUUUCCAAGUGAGAGUAAUCAGACAGAUAUUGUGGGUCAAUGAGGUUCGCUAUGAGCUGCGUGAGAUAUAUGGAAUUGCAAGCUCAGCAUCAGAAGGCUUUAAUGACAAUGACUCUGGGAAGGAAUGUGUGAUUUGCAUGACUGAACCAAAGGAUACUGCUGUUUUACCUUGCCGACAUAUGUGUAUGUGCAGCGAGUGUGCAAAAGAAUUGAGGCUCCAGUCGAAUAAGUGCCCCAUAUGCCGUCAGCCCAUAGAGGAACUUAUAGAGAUUAAGAUUGAUAAUGAUCACUUUUGAAUCCCAAAGAUGUGCCCUGUAAAGAUGAUUGUGUUAAAUCCAUUCUUCCAGGAAAGAACUUGAAUUUUUAUUUUUUAUUUGUUCAAAAAAAGGCAAAAGCUUUAUAAUUCCCACCUAUGUACAAAUCUGUAUAUUGUCUUCUACAAUCUUUGAUUGGGUUCAUUUUUUAGUGCUCCUGCAAAGUGACUAUGGCUUUUUAAAUUAAGUUUGAAGUGUACGCAUCAUUGGUUGAAGAAGCCCUUUGUUGUUGAGGUUGCAUGUUUCUUUGAAUAAUCUUUCUUUUAUUAUAAACAACUCUACCUGUCAAUACUGAUUGAUGACAUGAUAUCUAUGCAAAUGCUGAAAUGCGUUUGAGUUUUCUUCA